ACUUGUGACGCAUCCUCGUCUCCGUGUACUUAUAUAUAAUAGUGAUUAAGUUAGUAACCCACGAAUAGUAACACUACAAUAGUGUACAUAAGAGAAGUCACAACAGUAUGCGACUGGAUGUCGGAUAAGCAAAACAAGACGAGCGUCGCUCGGCGGACCGUCCGUCACGUCGCCCCCCCGCGUCACGUGACGCGGGUAGCGGUUUACUCAGUGGUUGACGGUUUUGCCUCGGGCGCCAGUCGCAGCUAGCUAAGUUGCGCAACUUCGUGGUCUGGUCGGGCCGCCCUUCGUUGAUCCGCAGAUCGGGGACGCCGUUGCCCGACAUGGACAACUCUGGAAAAGAAAAGGAGGCGACGGCGUUGAUGAGCGAGGCGGAGAAGAAGCUAAAGUCGUCGCAGUCGUUUUUCGGGGCGCUGUUUGGUGGCUCCUCUAAGCUGGAAGAGGCCAGUGACAUGUAUGUUAGGGCUGCCAAUAUGUACAAGAUGGCCAAAAACUGGUGUGCUGCAGGGAAUGCUUUUUCCCAAGCCGCUUGCCUUCACCUACAAAUGCAGAGCAAACAUGAUGCAGCGACUAACUUCAUAGAUGCUGGCAAUGCCUUCAAAAAAGCUGACCCACAAGAGGCCAUAAACUGUUUAAAUCGGGCCAUCGAGAUAUACACAGACAUGGGCCGGUUCACCAUCGCUGCCAAACAUCACAUUAGCAUUGCUGAGAUAUUUGAGACCGAGCUGGUGGACAUUGACAAGGCUAUUGCUCAUUAUGAACAGGCAGCAGAUUACUAUAAAGGUGAAGAGUCUACAAGUUCUGCAAACAAGUGCCUUCUCAAAGUCGCGACGUAUGCAGCCCAGCUGGAGCAGUACCCAAAAGCUAUUGAGAUUUACGAACAGGUGGGGACCCAUGCGAUGGACAGUACGCUCCUCAAGUACAGCGCCAAGGACCACUUCUUCAAGGCGGCGCUCUGUCACUUCUGUGUCGACAUGCUGAAUGCAAAGCUUGCUGUGCAGAAGUACGAGGAAAUGUUUCCAGCCUUUUCAGAUUCUCGGGAGUGCAAGCUGUUGAAGAAACUUCUAGAUGCAUAUGAAGAACAGAAUGUGGAUGCAUAUACUGACUCGGUAAAGGAAUAUGACACCAUUUCACGGCUGGAUCAGUGGCUCACCACCAUGCUACUCCGCAUCAAGAAAACCAUACAGGAGGAAGAGAGCGACCUUCGUUGAUUUUUUUAACCUACCUUGCGCAUCAGCAAAUCCUCAAAACCCUUCUUGCACCCCUGUUUCUGCCUUUAUUCUCACUUCCAUCCUUGGCGCAAACGGUCUUAAUCUCCCUGAACCCUUUUACUUUGUGUAUCCUUCCUUUCAUGUCCAGUACUUUUCUUCUCUUUUAAUAUCGGUUCAUCUUCUACUUUACAACGCUUCCCUCAAGAAUUGCAGUCUUUAGAUGCAAUGAACACUAGUUUCCUCAAUGCACACUGCAUUAUGUAAAGUGUAUAUCAUAAUAUUGUCAUGAUAUGGUCUUGGUUUGGUACUACCCCAAAACAUACUCAAACAUGGGUCAUGACACCCAAUACUUGUUACCAGCACUCAGCUAUAACGAAUUUUUUAUUUUCCAUAUCAGAAAAAUAGAUGGAAGGGUGCCAGUUGAUGGGAUUAAGGAAUCCCCACAAUGUUUUUGACAUACACCAGGGAAUAAAGUUAAAUGACCAAAAUUCCAACAUUUGCACAAGUAUUCACAGUGGUUCUUGGUAGUGGUGGGAACUCAUAUAAAUGCCUACAUGUGACUUAUCAGUCAGUCUGUUGGAAGUUGGGCUUCCACCAUCAUCUAAUCAUCGACUGCUGCGGUGCACCUCACCCGACCGGAGAGGCGACUCAUUUCUGGGAAAUAACUUCUAUUCUGUGGCCUUACACCGCUAAAUUCUCAGGAAUAGUGGUAUGCCAGAUUUAUUAUCAAUUAAUAAUAAUAAUUAUAAUGCUUUUGAAAGCACGUCAACAUUCAUAUUUAACGAUUUUAUUCCACAAGAAUAGGAAACGAGAGAAGCUUAUUGCCUUCAUGUGAACAUUUGCUUGGUUUGACUUGGGUGAAAAAAUCAUAGGCUACAGCUAACUCUCCUAGUAUGUAUGGCCUUCCUGUUUGAAGUGUUUUUUUUUUUGUUUAUAAGAUGAUGGGUUUUGUUUUUCUGCCCUUGUACCUGACCGGGCUAAAGGUCUGUAUAUGAUGCAAUAGAUGCAGCAAGCUUUACGGAUCUGAACACUGUGUUCACGUUCACAUGACGUAGGCAGUCAUGCAGGCAGUCACGGUAGUUUGGCCACUUGUUUUGUCAACACAAAAAAAAAAAAAGAAAUGUUCCUAUAUGACGACCCCUUUGUAAAUUCUUGUUUCCUGAUAAAACCUUUGAAUAAACUUCGACUUCAAACCCG